ACUAUCGCGUUGCGGUGCUUGGUCUGCGAUCGGUGAUGACACGUCGUCGUCCGAGCGUGUGGAGAGUUUUUUCGACGAAUCAUUGUUUUGACGAGAGCCUUCCUCGUCGUCUUUGUUGUGAGUGCAGCGCUGGAUGCCUUCCGCCGCAGCUUUUGCUGGGAGCAACAUUAUCAGGCGAGCACCUGUCUCAACAACCGGCGUUACCUGGCGCCAGACCACCGACCGGGUACAACGCACGGCAGCUUGGACAUCCCUCACCGAAAGGUGCGAGCCCCCAAGAGCCAGACUCGCAGCGCCGCCGUUCCCCCAGGACGCUGUGGGCUUCGCGAGCAAGCCCACUCGACCCUUCCAGGGCAGUGUUCUCCGACGCCCCUCCGUGCCCGUUCCGCUGCCAGCCACCAUUGUGCCCUGCCCGGUCCUUCCUCCAACCGCCGCCGCCGCAACCACCACCACCACCUCAGCCACCAUGGCAGCUGUAGACACCAAGGCACUCGACGGCCCCUCCGUCACCCUCACUGUCCGCCUGAUCAUGCAGGGAAAGGAAGUGGGGAGCAUCAUUGGAAAAAAAGGGGACAACAUAAAAAAGUUCAGAGAAGAGAGCGGUGCCAAGAUCAACAUCUCAGAUGGGUCCUGCCCAGAGCGCAUAGUCACUGUAACGGGUUCCACAGAGGCCAUCCUGAAGGCCUUCUCGCUCAUUGCCCGCAAGUUUGAAGAGAUGUUGUCUCUGCUCUGCCUUCCCGUGCAGACGGUGGGGCCCACCCUCCAGGAGCUGCAGAGCAAUGGAAGCCACCUGCCCAAGCCGCCUGUCACACUGCGCCUCAUCGUCCCAGCCAGCCAGUGUGGCUCCCUUAUUGGCAAGGGAGGCUCCAAGAUUAAGGAAAUCAGAGAGGUGACAGGUGCUUCCAUUCAGGUGGCCAGUGAGAUGCUCCCAAAUUCCACCGAACGAGCUGUGACCGUUUCUGGUACUGCUGAAGCCAUCACAAAAUGCAUCUACCAGAUCUGUUGUGUCAUGAUGGAGUCCCCUCCAAAGGGAGCGACAAUACCAUACCGUCCAAAGCCAGCCAUGCCACCAGUGAUAUUUGCAGGCGGUCAAGCCUACACGGUUCAAGGGCAAUAUGCAAUUCCACAUCCUGAUCCGGGCUCAGUGCCGGCCCCCGCCGCCUCCAAUAUGGCAGGCGUCAAACAGGCGACCAACCUGUCGUGCCCCUCGUGUUUCUUUGUUCCCGCCCCGCAGCUGACCAAACUGCACCAGCUGGCUUUGCAGCAUGCUCCGCUGCUGCCAGGACACAGCGUCGGGGCCAUCAACCCGCAAGCGCUUGCAGCGCUGGCAACCACCAACAACUUGCGGCCCAACACUGCAGCUGCUGCCAUUGCCACUGCAAGCACCACCACCACUGAAAUGACCAUCCCCAACGACCUCAUAGGGUGCAUCAUCGGCAAAGGGGGCUCCAAAAUCAAUGAAAUCAGGCAGCUUUCUGGAGCAACAAUAAAGAUAUCCAACUCUGAAGAGGGGUCCAAAGACAGAACAGUCACCAUCUCGGGAACGCCGGAAGCAAUCAACCUAGCGCAGUACCUCAUCAACACAAGCAUUCAGAAUGCUCAGCUACCUUUGCUCUGGAAGAACAUGGCCGUCGCUCCGCUGAACUGAUCUCUCUCUGUGCCUCUCAUUGGAGGAGCUCCAGAGGUUACCACCAUUCUUCCCGCUACUUAAAAGAAGAGAGCAAGACCCCAGUAUUGUCCUGAAGCAAGCGGAUGACAUGUGGAUCCACAUCUCAUGGCAACCAGGCUUGUAAACACACACACACACCAACAACCAUCCUGUUCCCCACUCCCCUUGGACGCGAGCAAACGCGCUCAUUCGGCGUGUCGCGAUGGCUUGGAACUCUUCUCGUCAAGCGUGUACCUUUUUUUGUCACUUGCUGCACUGAGCCUACAAAACUGCACGUAGCAGGUGCGUUGCACCGUUUGUUCCUUGUGCACUGUUCUCCGACAAACCAGCACUGCACCCUAGCUGCAACACAGGAUACCGAUCUCGUUUUUUUUUUUAACAUAUUUACCAGUGUGCAGGCUACUGUAACUAUUUCAUUUACUCCUGGACUUUACUCUAGAAUGUAGCAGAGGACAUGAAUUGUACGUGUCUGAUAUUUUUUUUUUCCCUUACGUGCGCAUGUGAUACGGGUUUUGUGCAACGUGGUCAAUCAUGUAGGUUGAGACAUGGCCAUGCUAACAAUUCUUACUAGACAGCAGCGUGUGCAGUUGAGAAACUCUUGAAUUCUCUCUUCUCUCUGUGGCCAUAGAAUUAUUGUUUGUAAACCACCAGAGAUGAGCACAUUGUCAGUGUGUGUGUGUGUGUGUGUGCUGUCUUUAUUUACUUCUGCACAGGCAUGGUUGUGUGUCAGUCUGCAGAAAGUUUGACGAGUAUUGAACAUUUCAUCUUGGAUAUUUUUGCUAUAUUUCUGCUGCCAUUAGUGAAAAACAAUGUCAACUGUAUGGGUGCACAAAGUGACAGUUCACAAUUUGGUGCCAAACUUCCAUGUAUACUGCAGUUUUUGCUCGUAGGCACAAAUAAUGUAUAGAUGUUUUAGUUUUCAUUUACUUUUUCUUUUUGUUCUUUAUAACAAGCUGCUGUUUUUAUUGAUUAGUUGUCCUGAUACAGACAUUUUACAAGUGAGGUUUGGAUAGUUUCGGUGUGCAGCUGCUACAGCUGAUCUUAAUAACAGUUGCUUACGUUGAACUUUGUGGGCUCUGGGUGGACAUAUUUAGGGGGUGUGAGAGGGGUCAAUGUCCUGCAGCAUAUAUGCGGUGCCAUCUUUGAUUACAAGAAAGCAGAAAGAAUACCUUCAAGCUUUGGCAUUAAUGCUGCACAAUAUUGCUUAAUCACACAUACAGCUGACUUCCUCAAAAAGGUCUUUUUAAUGGCAAUAAUGCACUCAAGUGUGCUACAGGGCUUUUGUUCGUUUUGGCACUCGCAUUCUAGCUGACCAAGCUGUCUUAAACCUAUUUUGGGUGUAGUGUCUCGAAGUGGCACUUCACAACUUUAAAGCUAGAUCCUCAUUUCCUCCAUUGUGUUGUUAUUAACGUUUAUUGUUGUGAGAUUUGAUUAUUUUUAUGGUAUGGUAGCAACUGAUUAAUAAGGUACAUCCUUGUUUGGAUAUAAGUUGCAACACAGUGUCCAUAUGGGAGAUGACAGGUUAUAUAUGCAAGUGCAAGGUUAAAUAACCAGCCAAUAUUUGGGGGGUACUGGAUGAUGAGCCAGUGCCACAUUUAAAAAAAAGCUGUGCUCACAAAAGCAGCUGAACAUGAAGUAGUGAGCAGUGUAGCAGCUUUUAUUGUGAAUUUUUAUUCUCAUGGAAAACAUUCUUUAUUGCAUUAAGAAACAUGAGUCACAUUACACUUGCAUUCAUGAUUAUAUACUGCAUCUUUUAUUUAUAAAAGUAGACAUCCUUGUUUCAGAGUGGUUAUCAGUGCUGUCAGCCAGAUUAGCAUGAUGGCGCUAAGCAUUGUGAGGGAUCUUAUUUGCAAAUUCUUUGUUAGUGGUCACAAUUUUUGUCUUGUAAAGAACAUCUGCGUAUUAACUCACUGUACUGCAUUGACUGCUACAGCCAUUAAUGCCAGGUCAUUUUUGUUUUAAGGCAUGCACGUGGUGUAUCAGCCAGUUCCACAAAGCUUAUUUUACACAAGGUUCAACUUCGAAGUGAUGCCACGAUGCAAUCUAUGAGCAAUCUGUUCAGUUUUGCGAAUGUUAGCAAGAAUUGGGUGUUAGAAGCCAAACAUAUCAAGUGCUGAAUGCCAAGCAAGAACGUAGACAAAGUUGUACAGCAGACAUUGUGUGCUGUAUGACAUUUAAGAAGGAUGUGCCUCUGUUCUUGUGUAGUGUCUAGAGUUCUCCCUGAGCGCAAGGUAAACCAGAGUAGGCUAGAUUUUCUAGUUCAACCUCCGUGAAUGAUAUAUCAGUUGUAUAAUCCACAUUGACGUGCAUGCCAUUCGAGUCAAACAAUGCGAAAAGUUUGCCACUUGCCGUGUUGUAUGCUCCAAUUCACACGGAACAUUUAAAGAGGAGAACUAUUGUCAUUUAUUAGAUGCAUGUAGUUUGAGCUUAGUAAUUUGUGGUUACUGUUAUUAUUUUAUUUUUGUUACUCAGCACAGAUUGACAUUAUAGGUUACACUUAUUGAAGUUAAUUUGUCGGCUACGGAUAUGCCAGCGGUAAUGUUGAGGCUGAAGCGUAACGAAGCGACAUGGUGAACAUUAUCUGUGUGAGGUUUGCAACUGCGAAGACACAUAUCAGGAGGGCGAGAUGUAUCAUUUUACUUUGAUACAAUGCUUAAGGAUGGCAAGAGGUGCAGGCCUCAGUGAGUGCUGCUUUAAUAAUAAUUGCAAAGUAAGCCAGACAGUGUCACAAAUGCAAAUGGAAAAACCCUAUCCCAAAAGACAUCUAACAGCCCAUGUUUUAACGAACAAAAGGCAUAUCCUUGGAACAAGUGCAGAAUGACGUUGACUUUAUUAUUAUUUUAUAUUUUUUUUACUAUCUCCUUAGUCUCACACUGGCAUAAUUCCUCAGUCUUGGAUGGCCUCGUUUGCCAUUGAAACACCCUUCAUCUUGUAAAUUUUUCUAUACACAUGAAGUAUAUAUAUAUGAAUAUAUAUGAGAUAGUAUAUGUAUACAAUGGAAACGUCACUACAGUCAAACUAUGCACUUUCAUAAAUGUACAAAAUGAGAGAUACAAGACCGGGCAGCAUAUUCUGUAGAACUCAAACCUGCUUUGUUUGUUGUAUGGCUCCUUGUUUUCUUGCGUCUUUAGUAGUCCACGCCUUCAGGUGACGCCUUACUGGAGAAAUCUGAACACUCUUUCUCCUCUUUUAGAUCCUUGUUUUGUCCGCAUACAGAAGUAGCAACAAAGAAUUCAGAGAACCUUAAGCUAGUAUUCACUAACAUUGUGUGCCAAUGACUAAGUUUCCAUGUGUUCUUCGUUUUUUCUACAGGUUUUGUUAAUGAUUAUAAGGUUAAUGCUUGCUGUUCUUUGUUCUCUCUUUUUUUUCAUCAGGCUACCUUUUCUUGCAUGAUACUUAGUGCUUCUCUUAAGUAUAAGAAAUCGAAACUUAUGGUUAGUCUAACAGCUAGCACGCUGAGAACUAGUUUCCUUAGGAUACGCUUUGUUUGAUAUACCAGCUUCCUAGCAUCCCUUUGUUGUGUGUUGUGUCAGCAGAUGAUGCGAGCCCCAAAUUUGGCCCAGGUGUAUGCCUUGUCAUUGUAGUGUGCACUCAAACCAGAAGUCUGCAGAUGAGGACCAUGUGUAGUUUGUUUUUUAUGGUGCUAGAGCAACGUCAUACUGACCCCUCCAAGGCAAAUGCUGAUUGCAGAAGAAAAAAAAAAGAGAGAGAAAAAGGUGUUGCUAUUCUAGUCUCUGUUUCUGAUUUGUCACAGUGGCAGCGUCAUUCUAAUUUUACUUGUACCUACCAAGAAUGGCAUGUGUGUUACGCUACUUUAAGGAACCAGUUGGUAUGAGUCAGCAUUAUGCAGUAGCUAGUGCAGUCACUCUGUCGCCUAGUUGUCUUGAAGCGUACUUAUCUGCAUCAUGUGCCAUUUGGAGUUAGCAAAGAAAAAAAAAGAAAGAACGAUCUCAUGCAAUGCAAUGCCAAGAUUUUAUUCUUAAUUGUACAUUUGUUGCACUAGAUCUCACCAGUAAUACUGAUUCAGCUUUGUGCCUCCAUACUCUUUCUUUUCUUUUAUAAGCCAACCACCUCAGAAGGUCAUGUAACUUUUGAGAAAACUGUUACAACAUAAAGCGUCAUCUUCAGAUAGUUCACAAACCCUCUAGACGAGGUGCUUUUGGGAGCUCAAAGCUGUUAUACUUCGCAUAGUAUGUUCACUGGCAAAGUAUCUUUGUAGUUUUAUGCUUUUGAAACAUUUGCGGAAGUGUUGUGGCAGCUGCAAGCUUUCCUGUUCACCAUAAUUCUGCGAGUACUUUCUUCCCCGCUGUAACUGACCUUUGACCCCCUCGUCACGUGCUUGCUCUCUCUCGAUUUUGUGCCACUUCAAUCCUUUGCAACAUGUAUAAGUCAAUAAUGAGAUGUUUGAGCCGUGCUUGAAAUAUUGUUGACUGCACCGUUUUACAUUCUUGCACUGCGUGCCCUUGAGGCUCGCCUGCGUUGUCUGUUUUUGUGAUAAAGUGGUUAAUUCGUAGCGUUUAAUGGAGUUUUUGAUCUCAUACAUUGAACCUUAGCGAGCUAAAUGUCAUUUGUGAAGGGCAAACGCUUGUUUUAUUUUAUUUCCCCUUGUGUCCACUUAUUCUCUCACUCAGUCAAUAACAUAUCACAUACUAUGCAGCACAGACUUGCAAUACACGUAGGGCGGUGAUUUCGUUUGCUACAGAGGUAAUAUGCCUUUAUGUUAUCCAGUAUUUCAAUUUGAAGUGAACAUCUGCUCUUUCUUUUUGCCUUCCUUGUACCAAGCACUAGAGCAAUAGUAGCACUGCUUUCUUAUAGUCUUGAUGCGACCAUUGAUUACAAGUAUUGUGGAAUUUCCGUCAGCCCGUACUGUGGGCAUAGUGGGGAAGUGUGUGCACCACCGCCAGUGAAAAAUGAAAGAAGACGAGUGAGAGGGCCCGACAAAGCAAACCUUGUAGGCGCGUUGUUGUAACCGCGAUUAGUGCGAUAACGCCGCGCAAGCAUGCAUAUAUAGACGGAACGGGCUUUUUGCCAUAUGCAGAUUGUCAUUGCAACGUGGCUCGAGCUGUGCACGACGGCUCUCGGGGUAAAGGCAGACACAGCGGUGUUUCUUUGAGGCCACCGAAUUAUGCAGACGCAUAGCUGCCAAUUUCACAUGAGCAUUUACGCGAGCACGGGAAUGCGCCCACUUCUUUAUUUGUAUUUUUCUUUUUCUCUUUAUCUUUUUCUUACGAACCCAUACCCGACGAGCAGAGUAACCCUUUCUUGGAAGCUCUCUUUACCACAGGCAUACUGUUUUUGCGGGAAAGCAUUCCAUACUUUUUGCAGGCAACCUUGAUGAUGCCGUUUGCCUUUCCCUCCCCCCAUUUUUUUUUUCUUUUUGAAAUACUCACACAGUUUCUGCCGUUUUAUUUUGGUUUUCGCUUCGAUAAAGGAUUUCGCAGUGCAUAAAAAAGCGCAAAGGUUGUAUUCAAUGACUAUGUUAAAUGCUCAACAUUGAUUGCUCCGUCGUUCUCGCAGUGUUUUCCUUCGAACACGUGUUCUCCAGUUGAUUGACGUUUGUCGUUGUCGCAGUGCGCAGGAGUCACUUCAUUUUUCUCUGUCUGCACGCGUGUGUGUGUGUGUGAUGCUUUACAGGUAUAUUUAAUUGUUCUGUGAUAACAAGUUUACUGAGGCGCUGUGCGUGGUAUGUUUGUUGUUAUUUUGACGCAUAACAAUUAAACGUUUUCUUUUUUUUUUCCCAACGCAAGCACAAAGCUAGGGCUAAGUUUAUUGUGGCAGUCAUUGGGCCGUCGCAUGAGGCUGUCACGAUGUGCUAACCCACAGCAACGCUUGAUCUGUUAGUACUUAUUUGUUAUUAUUAGCCCGUUUAACGCCAGCUUCAUUUGUAAGUCGAACGACUGCAUUUUCUUUUAUUUCCAGAACGUCGCAUUUAACGCCGUAGUCAAAGCAAGGUCAAAGGCCAAAAGAAAAAAAAAAUCCUUCUCGAGUUUUUUUUUUCUUUUUUUUUUUAAUUUGUGAAUAUAUGCACGUGAACUGCGACGUUCGAGCGAAAGGUUGUAGUGCAGGCGGGCCGCUCCGUGGAUGACAUAGACGGACGCCUCGAGUAUCUAGUCAGCGGGCCUACACAGAUGUCGUCAGUGCGUGCGCCUAGUGUGUCUGUGAGUGGCUGUUCGUGCUGUGUUGUAUCAAGCGCUGAUCCGUUGACACCGUGCGCCACGGUCAGUGAAGAAAGCGUGUGCGCAUGCGCACUUCGUUCUCUCCGUAACUGUUCUUUUUUUUUUUUAAUCGUCUCCGAGGUUUCGGAACGGUGACGACCCCGUUGACGCCGCACUUCGUCGCGAUGCGUAUUGCAACCGCCGUCUGCCCCAUUUUCUUCUUCAUUUUGUUUUUGUGCGUGUAUUCUUGGCACAGCUUGCGUAGUGCGUGCGUAGGAUGUCGCGUACGAGAGCGCGCGCUUGCGGGAAAAGGAAGGCGAUCGCCAACGGUGGCGUUGCGUGCGGCCCGGCAGAAAAGAGGGAACCGUUGCAAUUUUCCGGACGCGUCGGUCUGGCAGCGUACGGACAUCGCUUUCGUCUAUGCUCAGUACCGGAACCUUGACCGCUCUCAUUUGUCCCGACGCAGGCGUCAAGAGAUCAAGCGACCACAGUUAUAAAUGAUAGCUUGCUCCCCCCUUUUACACCGCCCUUUCCAACCGCUCCAAGCAAACUUCGUACACAUACACCCGAAUCUCACCUUAUACCACCAACUUCGUCGCUAGGCGUCGUCUGCGGACCUGCGCUUUAUGCUCGAAAACAGUUGUCGCCGAGAGGCCGGUAACGUUGCACACUCGGGCUUUCCGAGUUUCAGGAGAGACGCGGGCGCCGAAAAUCGGCUUACGUCAUCGCCGCGGCGUCGUCGGUCCUUUCUCGAGUAGGUCACUGGUGUCGUUUGUUGCGGAAACGUCGCACACCCGGCCGCUUUUGAGAAACAGCGGGAAAACCGGCAGUGGCGCCUCCUCCCGCUUUUUUUUUUUUCCGUAAUCGUCCCGCAGCAAGCACAUUGUCAUCGUCUCUUGUUUCCCGCCUCACUCACCCUCCCGCUGAUCGUGUCUUUUUUUUUUUUCCGGAAACAGAAAAAAAAGGAAAAUGAAUAUUGAGAAAACAGUCGCCAUACUUACGCGCGCGCAGCGCAGUCCUUGUUUCGGGACUGUGGAGACGCGGUAGUCCGAGUCACAGGGUCGCAUAGAUACACUUGUACAGAUCUCGUUUCAAGCCAAAGCUGUUGCCCCUCGCCCGCGUGGUGUUCCGGUAUGAAAGAGAGAGAGAAAGAGAAGAAGUGGGGUACAGAUAUCUCGGGUGCGUUGUCGGUUGAGUUUAUAUUUUUGUUGACCAGCGGUUAUGAACCGCUGCCGACGUGUGAUGGAAGUAAGUCUAGAGGGGGGGGCAACGCACUUCAGGUUGUUCUCGCCGCCUUUGCUCUGUGCACCAGUCAGGCGAAUGAAACGGCAGAGCAAUUCAGGAAGAAAAAAAAAGGCACAGUGGCAAUAUGAGGAAGGAGCCUUUUUUCCUGCCUGAGCGCAGUGCGUGCAAAGUGAAAAAAAAAAAGGUCUUUUUUGUAGACUGGCUGCGUAUCGCUUGCAUGUACAUUAUUAGAUCGUACUUUGUUAUUGCGUUCUUAUUUUUGUAAAAAAGAAAAAUGAAAGCGAAGAGCGCGUGUAAAAGCAAAAAAAUACACUGCUCAAGAGGCGGAAAGUUUGUUCAAACAAUCACUAUCGUGUAUGACUGUUUCUUUCUUUCUUUCGGCGGGGAGAGUGAGGGACAAAAAAAAAAAUGUCACGAUGUGUGGCGAAGCAAACGCGACGCUGUGUAUAGGAUAUAGAUAUGUAUCUAUAUAUGUAUACUCUCUACACCCACUAAAGAAACACAUAUCACGCACUUUUUUCACAGUUUGCUCACAUAUCUUGUCACGUGUGCAUGUGCUCGCUAUAGCGUGGCGCGGACAACACAGUGAGCUCGAAUCUCUCUGCACCGCGGGCCCGCGCCCUAUAAGCCAGCGGCCAUCUAGAAGUGGAGGCAUUUAUCAGCGCAGUUAACUGCAGUGCCGUUUCCAGCGACGUCUGGCGGCUUUUACUCAUUUGUUGUUUCUUGAAAGGCGCCGCAGAAGCAAUUUCAAUGGUGAACGCGGCAACGGCAACGUUGACGCACACCUUCGUCGUCGCGUACUAACACCGCGCUUCGCCAUAACCUCGCCGUUAUGCCGGCCAGAGGGCGCGUACCGCGGAGUAUCCGUUUUGUCGGCCCACUACAAGGCGGCCAGUUCGGCCCGCGUUUGUGUACUGUCAUCGUGCGCCCUAUGGUGGCGCCUGGCGACGCCGCUUUGAAGAUGCGUCCGAAAUACGCCGCGUGUAGCUGGAAACACGCGACAUGUAGUUGUCGCUUUCGGCUAAUAGCCUCCGAACAGGCGAGGUUAUCAAAGUCUCUGCGUCUGUGCUGGCGUUUAUAAGCUGCACAGUGCGCUUCAUUUCUCUGCGUUCGUUAGUUUGAUUUUCAACGAGACCACUUUUUUUUUCUCUUUUCUUCUUCCGGUUUACUGAUCGCCAUCAAGAAACUUGGUGCGAGGUAGGAGGCCUCGUUUCAGCGCGAUGUUGUAGCAUGGCCGUACGUUUUCCGUCGCGUUUCCCGAGACCCAUUGACGCAAAGCACAAUUUGCUCGAGUUCUACGUGCUGUAAGCUUCUGCUUGUCCUACCGGGGCCAAAUUACAUCAUUGCAGUGUGCUAGGCCAACGACGACGCGACUGAGUUAACGCAACACGAUGCCGCUGUAUGGGAUGAGGACGCGAAAGACAAACUUUGCGUCCACCCUGUACGUGUGACAGUAUUUUCUUUCUCUUUUUUCUUUAUCGCAGUUCUCGGACAUCUCUGAGGGGCUGCAGCUCAAAUCAUUUGAAUGGCUCGCAGUGUUCGCUGGUUUUUAGUUUGCUCACUCGUUCUUCUCGUUGCUGUUUUCUGAUUUUGCAAUGACGCUUAUUUUGCGAAUGCCGCGAACGCCGCGCCGGCCCUUGCGAGUAUUGCGAACGGCCGGCUAAUGCCCGCCAUUGCCGUCACGUGGCGCUGGGAUGGUCGCCGGUCGCUGGCGGGACGUCGUCUUUCGGGAAAAACGAGAGAAUAAGAUGACGACGGCCACGACGCCCUGGGUUGUCUUGCCAAAGUGGGCGUGUCGAUGCCAAGGUCUCAUUUAUGCAAAAGAAAAAAAAAGUAAUCGUAGUCUGUAAAACCGCAAAACAUAGAGACGGAAAGAGGUAGAGCGACGAUGACGAUGAGGAGAAAAUAUAUAGCGAGAGAGAAAGAGAGAGAAAAAGAAAGGAGGGGGGAGAUACAGCAACACAUGGGUUCGUUCGUUUCUGUCGAACUUGUUUCACUCAUUGUACAGCAGAGGUGAUGUGUGUGACUGUGUGUGUGUGCGUGACACGCCAGACGUUUUCUAUUGUUAUUUAUUUGCCGUUUGUUUCUCGUUCUGUCGUCUGCAUGAUAGCAAUGUCUCUCGUUAUUCUCAGGAAGCAGACGCCACUAGUCUUACAUAGACCGCGCGCGCGGUGAAACCCGCCUGCGUUCGUUUGCACCAGAUACUAUAUCGUGUACACAUAGUAGCCGUACUGUUCUACCGUUGAUGCACUCCUGUCUUCUUGGGUUUCUCUUGUCACUUUUUUGCCGCUUGUUGUUCCACCGUAUUGUGUGUAUAACGCGGAGAAGGAAAAAAAAUAAGCGCAUUAACAUUAUAUACACAGUAUUUAAACCCGUAUUGAUGCGUGGUGUAAAAGACGAGGAGACGAGCACGGAUAUUUGGUGGAUUGUACUUACAUCGGCAAAAGAGAGGCGAAUAAAAAAAAAGAAACAAAGGAGCAAACAGGCGCCGCUAUUUGAUGCAAUAAACUCUGAGGAAGACGUGUAAGCACCUCGAUUUUACUCGUCUCUCGAGGUAAUAAAGGAGAUAUUUAUAGAUGUUCUUCACGA